AUGGAGAGUAGAAAGGCAACCCAAGGUAGCACAGGGGUAGAUGCCAUUCGAGGGAAACUAGUGGUGACGCUAAUUGACAUGGAUCUCAUCACAUUGCCAAAGGAGGUGGCUGCACCGGCGCCUCGCGAUGCACAAUAUAAACUUGCAGGAGCAAGAGGCGCCUCUAGUACUGGCAUAGGUCACACCCGAGACACUGGCGACAGUAGACAGAGUGCAGGAGGCAACGCUCACAAAGUCCAAUGCGAAGGAUGUGACGCGUGGAGGGUGACCCCAAAUCGCUCGUGGGAAAUGAUGCUGGUGCUGAGGGGCUGUCAGGUAGUACUAAGAAAUGCCUGGGCGCUGGCUG